CCUGCGAACGGCGCUUCACCAGAAGCCGUGUGAGUGUGGUUGAGUGAGUCAGAAAACUCGGGUAAUUCUGGAUAAUUGUCUUCAGCUGCGCUCGCAGGCAGCUCGUUGCCUUUAUUCUCGAUCUUCGCACAGAGGAGCCUGGUUCGCAGUCAGCCAACGCGUGCAGUGGGUGACGGUAGUUCGCGAGCUCGCCGCACAACUUUUGGAGUAAAAACUUGGUGGCGCGAGUUGGAAAGUACUUGUCGCGCAAGAAGUAACCGUUCACAGCUCAACAUGGGGAAUAUAAGAAAUCUUUACGUGACACUUCUUGUGCUUGUUGUGUGUGUGUUUUGUUAUGGACAGGAGACUCACCAAAAGUUCAAAGUCAAACUUGCGGCGUUGUCAGCAACGAAGGAACCGAUUCAAGCCACCGAAGAACCACGAUCGGGCCUUCGGUACCACCACAACCCCCGCACGUGCGGAGAAGCCGAUCUAUGUUGUAAUGGACAGAACAAUACAUGUUUUGUGUUCGGUCGCCGUCUUGAUGGCAACAAUAAUGAAUCCAGGUGCUAUUGCGAUUCCAACUGUCUUGUGAUGGCUGACUGCUGCGUCGACUACCACGAACACUGCAAAGCCAUAGACUGCGAGGUCUCGGAUUGGACUGACUGGGGCGAGUGCGAUGAUCCUUGUGGACUUGGCAGUCGCAGGAGAACAAGAAAAGUUAAAAGAUACCCGGAAAAUGGUGGUAAAAAUUGCCCGACAAUGAAACAGCGCCGAGUGUGUGUCGGAGACGGAAAAGCCGAGGAGUGUCUACAACAGAGUGUGGAGCACCAUGCAGAGGAGCUUCAAGAAACUGGCCGUAUUUUGCCUGCUGCUUAUGGAAUAUUCAGAACAAGUUCUAAGUAUGACCCAUGGAAGGGAAUCCUUAAAAAUUUAUAUGGAAGAAACUUCAACGAAAUUCUUACCAGAGCAACCUACUGUGCCCACUUCCUGGUGACAAGCUCACGCGCGGCUUGCAACAGCACUGAGAAGACCCAGAAAUGGGCCAGGUCACUCAACAAGGGAGCCGAGGUUUGCGUGGAGUGUCAACCGACAGCCAUGGACCGAGAACGCGGCACCCGUUGCAUCGGCCACGGAGUGAUGAACAAGCUGACUCGAUGGACCGCCAUCAACGUACCUCACUGCAAGGGAGAAUGGACCAUGACCGUGGAACACAAGCCCUGCACCUGCGACCGUGACGAGGACCCCGAUGAUGACCCCGCAGACAGAGAUGGACCCACAAAAAACUUCAUCUUUAUUUAGACAUCGCGGAAACAAUGUCUUAAAACCAACCACCAUCAUCAGACUAGAUCUGAUCAUCUGCCACCAGAUGGCGUUGUCUUAUCUCAAGGGAGACAAGUCUGCUCGCAUUUCACACCUUCCCAUAAUUCCUGUAUGCAGGAAGUACAGACAGAAUGAAUGCUAUACCACUUGGUGUCUUUGAGCACUGUAGAUUGUUUGUAUAGAACUGUGGACUGUCUAGUGUAGCACGCUCUAGUGAUUCACACACUAUCAUGUAUAAUACAUUAUUUUAAACAGGGACAUACUAUUGUAAUCAUUGUACAGCAUACGUUGUAGCAUCUGUCCUUCAGGGCAAACUUUGAGACCUUGCACCAGCCUCCCUGGAAGAAGCGUGAUGAAGAUCAGUAUCAGUUGUCUCAUGCAAUAACUCCACCUAGACUGGUGCCAUGUUGUCGACCAUUUGGGCCCAUGGACCUAGCUUUUCUUUGAAAUUCAUGCUUUAAUGGAGACAACCAUCUUCUAUCAAGAACACAGAAUUUGCAACCAUGAAGCAGAUUUCCUACAGAACAGGUCCUUUUAGCUACAAUCUAGGAUUAUUGGCCAGUAUUUGACAUAAUGGUACAGUACUUUUUGGUCCCCUGUAAACAUGCUUUUCAAUAGUUUGUCCAUUAUAAUAAGGUGCCAAAGCUGCGAAUUUCAUCCCACAGUAUGGUUGCAUAGUUAAUGUUGCGAAACAUUUCUGUUGCUUCCUUCCUAGCUUCCAUUCAUGCAUAAAUCCAGGUCUCCUUGUUUGCCUCAGGAGUCUUUGUGUUGAACAACAUAAGAUUACAUACUGAACACUUAGUUUCUAGUUUACAGCUAUAUACCUUCAUACUGUAUGGUCCGUAGCAACCUGUUGCACUGUGUGAUUAUUGACACUACUAGCACCUAUUUGUUAAAGUUUGUGAAAUUCAAUUCGACGCUGAUCUUUCCUUUGGAUCUCAAGUCAAAUAGUUCAUUUUAGUCUACUAACAAGUGAAAGUGCACAUCCCCAAAUUGUUCCAUUGGUUCAGUGUGUAAGAUUGCUGGAUUCCUAUUGAUGACGUAUUAGACAAGCCAGGCUCCCAUCGGUCUGUUCACAUAUAUAUGAUAUUCAUAUCUUUACAUUUGGUCCAAAUUGUUUACUGAUACACUAACAGUAUGAAUAUUAGGGAAUGUGGAAUAUGUAAGAACUGUCACAGCCAGCUUGACCUAGGAUUCCAGGAAUCGGUGUGUACCAUCUUGUACCACCCAUUGCACCCAGCUUGUACCACCUGUGUGUGUGAUGUAUUUGGUAAUGAUGUGUUACAAUGUACUCAUUGCAGCUAUUUAUUGUUUAACAUGUUUAACAUAUUAAUCAACCCCGUCAUUCUAGUGCUGUAUGUACAAAAGCCGACUUUCUAAUUUUCUACAGGAAAAUGUGUUGUCAUUGUGUUGUUCUUAGAAUACACGUUGGUGUGCUUACGAUGUCAGGAUAUUUGAAUGCAUUUGGGAAUAUGUGAGCGUAAUGGUCUAGAAAAUGCUGUUAUUGUCACCAAUUAUAUUGUAAUAAGCCCUAUUUUCAAAUAUUUCAAACUUUGUUCUAUGAACACUCUAAUUGUAUUGAAGCCUCAGAAAAGGACUUAAUUGAAAAUAUGAAUGCGGUGAACUGCUUAAUCACGGUAUAGGUCAUUUUGUUAAGCAAUCAUGUCUGUGUAUUGUUAACAUACAUUGUCGUCCACUCUAAGGAGCAUUAUCAUAUAGUAUUAGUCAUCCUGUCAUAUUAGCUCUGUGUGGUAUACGCAAUAUACACGUCAAGCUACAAUCUAUUGUAAAUAUGCACAGCUGCUAAAGGAAUGGUCUCUGAAAUUUAUCUUGCAAGUGCAUAAAUACCUUUGUGAAAGAUACUGGUUAUACUCAGGAAAGAUGGAAGAGAAUACUGUUCCCUUUUGAUUUGUUCACGGCAUCAGGUCCAUCGCUAUGUCCCAGAAAUCCUUCAAAAGCUCCUUUCCAGGCUACUGAUACUCAUCAGCUGAAAGUGUACGUAGGUUUUGAUGUGUGAUUGGUCUUACAUGUGGUGGAACACUUUUAGUUUAUACAUUUUCAGAUAGUGGGAGACGUUGAAAAAGAUGCAUGAAAGCAUGAAAGAGUAUGGCACAGGAGUCAGCCCUGUCUAACACCUAUUAGUUUGUCAGUAUUAGCAUGAUAUUGAGCUUAAUUUUCGGCAUUGUCAGUUAGAUCUGUACAAAUGCUUCAGCAUUGCACGCUAGUGUAUUAUCAGGCAACAUUUUAUUAUUUAUAUCUGUUACAGAAAAUUAUAAUUUUCACCUCAAAGUGAACACUGAUCAAAAUGGUGCUGAAAGGUCAUGGCAACAUUUAAGUUGCUAUGGUGACCAGCCAGUCACAUGAUUGUUUCCAUGGUUGCCAUGGUCAUGUGACUUCCAUGUUUACAUGUCCAGUCUUUGAUGAAGUCAUGUGUCCAGUGGCAGAUUGAGGGGUCAUCAGUCAUGUGAUUGGGUUUUCCAUAUUUGGUAGUCCACAUUCGUAUUGCAGUGGGGCCAAAAUCUUUUAAAUGUGCUUCAAAAAUCUCUGUAAAGUCAUAUUUUCGUAAAGGAAAUGUAGAAAAUGAUUAAGUAUCAUUUGCAUUCUAAGAUUUAAUUAACAUUCAUAAUUAUAGCAGUUAAUUGAGUGCUUUAAACUGAGUAGAAGCCCAUAUUCAAAUGCAUCAAACUAGUUACUGUUGGUCAGAUUAAACCUAUUGACCAUUGUGUAACCAAUGUUCAAGGAAAUCUCCUAGGUUAAUAACAUAAUUAUCCUACAUUAGAUGCCCUUGUAGCCCUUUGUACCUCUUGUAUAUAAUAUUAUCUACGCAUUUCCGUUCAUUACAAUUAUAUGUCAGCAUUCAUAAGUUUUAACUGUACAAAUUAUUUUUAAACAUAGAUCAACAUCAUCAUGUGUUGAUAAGUAAUGAAUUUUUAGACUCUUUUUAUGGCUGUUGCAAAGUUUUGUAUUUCACAGCAUUUUAGGCCAGUGUAUACACAAGGUUUACAUGUGGAGUUUGCCUAAAAUAAACACUUUCUUUGCC